GAACCGCGCCUGCUCUGGCUCUACCGGCUUCCCUGAUACAUCAGCACAGCGCUUUGGCAAUGAUCCUGGCGAUCUGGGCGUACGCUCAUUUGAGCGAUAAUCGAGUCGAUUGAAGGAGAAAACCUGCACUUCUACAGCGCUAUGUCGUCGACGCCGACGUAAAGUAACCAGACGAAAGGAGCCUGGAACUGGAGUGAGGCAAGCACAAUAACUUCUUUGUCACCAUGAGCACCGGCUACAUCACGCUGAAUGGCGAGCGAUUCGACGACAUUCUCGCCGACCGACGCACGGCGGGAGACCUGUCGUGGUGCACGCGAGAAUGGAGCUGCCCCAAAUACCGCUUCUUUGGCAACCGGACGCCGCAGCAGAUCAAGCAGGAGGUGCUGGGCAGUGCGCGUGUCCAGAGAGCAAUCACCGAGGUGAGCGCCGAGCAGAAGCGACCGGUCGCGGAGGUGUCAGAGGAGGCACGGCGCAUUCUCGAGCAGAUGGGGCACAACAUGCGUAUGGGCAACAUCCGCUUCCUCGGCUACCUGUUCAGCAAGUCGUACAAGAGCAUGUACCGGGCAAUCUAUGUUCACUCUGAGGGCAUGGAACGGUACCGGAAAGCUGCCGCCGAAAACCCCGUGCUGCUGCUGCCAACACAUCGCAGCUACAAUGACUUCCUGCUCAUGUCUUAUGUGUGCUUCUACUACAAUGUGCCACUUCCCGUUAUCGCAGCGGGCAUGGACUUUCUGGGCAUGCCUGCAGUCACCAUGCUGCUGCGAAAUGGCGGCGCCUUCUUCAUCCGGCGCACGUUCGGCACGGACCGACUGUACUGGGAGGUGUUCCGCCAGUACAUCCACUCUCUCAUUGCCGGCUCGGAGCACGCCCUCGAGUUCUUUGUCGAGGGCACGCGGAGUCGCACAGCCAAGUCACUCUGUCCACGAACUGGCCUGCUGCAGACGGUGCUGGAGAUGUUCUUCACCUCGCAAGUGUCGGACAUCACUGUCAUCCCAAUCACCAUCACCUACGACCGUACGCUCGAGGAGAAGCUCUAUGCCUUCGAGCUGCUGGGUGUGCCCAAGCCCAAGGAAUCCACAUCGGGCCUAGUGAAGGCCAGGGGCAUCCUGAACGACGACUACGGCAACAUCUUCAUCAAAUUUGGCACCCCCAUGUCAGUCCGGCAGUUUUGCGGUCGCUCGGUCGACCGGUCUGUUCACAGCGUGCACCCAAGAUUUGAGACCCAUGUGACCGCCGAAGAGACCGCAGCCUGCACCCGCCUUGCCCACUGGGUGGUCCGGGCCCACCACCGGUCCCUGGCCCUGUCGGCCUUUCCCCUAGUCUGCCUCUGCUACCAGGCACGUGUGAGCCGGCAGCGCAGCCGGGGGCUGUCGCAACCUCGGGUUAUGCUUCACGAUCUUGCCGACGAGGCGCUCUGGCUGCGGGAACUGGUUCAGCGCCUGGGUGCCCUCGUCCACCUCAAAGGAGGAAACAACAACCAGACAAACCCGGUGACUUGGCUCCGUCGCGAGGUCCGUCUGCACUCAAACGUGUUCCGGCUCAAGCCGGAAGGCACCAUAGAAUUAGCACCGGCCGACACGAGUGCUGUGCUUCCAGUGGGAGCCGACGCCAAUGCCAAGCCGACCGGCACUUUGCUACGGAUAGAGGCCGACACGGUGAAGACAGCCAUGCCCGAGAUGAUGCUCUAUCACUAUGGGAACCAGGCACUCCAAGUGGUAGCACCGGUGUGCAUGGCAUCACUUGCACUUCUGGCCACGCCGCCUCCGAGGUCUCAAGGUUCCGUGUACGAGAACUUCAAGAAGCUACAGAGCCUACUCCAGCGAGAGUUUGUUUUCGAGGUGGACAAACUGGAAGAGAGCUUCCUGGAAGCAACGUAUGCCCUGCAGAGUCUCAACGUGCUCGCCGUCCUCAGGCUGGAGCCAGCUUCUCCGGAAAGCACAAACAGCUUGCAUUUCCUCGCUAGUCACAUGACGCCCUUCCUCGAGGGGCUUCAGACGGUGUGCGACUUCCUGCGCGAUCAGCCCAGUGAUGUGGUGGAGGUGCCCCUGCCCGAGCUAGUGCGGAAGUGCCAGUGUGCCGCGGAGAAGCGUCUGCGCCAGGGCCAUCUCACGGACUACCGGGUGCUCUCUCUCGACAUGCUCAACAACUGCCUCAUCUGCCUCUGCAACCUGGGGGCUGCUCACAAGGAGAAGCGGAAUGGUGCCGCCGUCUUAAUCCCGAAUGCUGACAUAAUUGCCAAGGUUCUGGAGAGCAUCGAUGUUUUCCUUUCCGUGGCCUCGAGGUCGUCAACGAACGCAGAGCUCUGCCAAGCCAAGCUGUAGCCAGGAGAAACUGCAGCCUAUUUAUUUCCUUCCUGUAGAGACAAGGGGCAUUGUGAUAUAUAAACAGCUAGGCAUCGUGCGCUGCAGUCAGUUUGCAUAGCCCAAAUACUAUGAGUAUCUUUACGAGUCACAGGAUGUAAUGUUUCACUAUUUCCCCCUCUGUUUGCACACUUGCACUGUUAGUGUUGACUGCACUUAUACAUUUGUUUUCAUGUUUUUCUUUUUUUCAUUUCUACAUUUAGAUUGAGUGAUGUGGGGCUUUUGCUUCAUUGUUAUGUUUUGAUGACAUUUAGUGGCGCUUAUGUGCAACAUAACAUGAUUGAUGUGACAGCAUGAUGGGAUGAUUUCCCAGUAGUCUGUAACUAACAAUGUCCUUGUAUUCAUUCCAUGUUAAUGGCUUGAAAUCAGUGUCUUCUGCAUAUUGAAUACCACUGUGGCAUUAUUUAGUGUUCUGUGAGGGGGCUAUGCGUCAUUAACAUGGUCUGUUCAGUUAACAACUGAAGCUGCUUUGACUAAUGAGUUUGCAUGUAUAUUAUGUGAGGUCACUGGUUUCACUGCUACACGUUUAAAAGCAUGCUGACUGGGCCCUAAAGCUUUGUAUGCGGAAAGUGAAGCCGUAAAGUAUUGAGCUGUAGAAAGUGUUCCAGGAAAUGUUUUAUGCCUAAGGGUGCUGGCACCUUUUGAGGUGGCACCGAUCGUAGAAGAGCAAAAACGCACACCUUAUAAAGAUGGGGGUUUGCCUCAGUGUGUUGAGGUGACACUGAUUACACAUGCACUUUCUGCGUUGAAGCAACUGUGAAAGUUCGUCUUUUGCACAAUACAUGUGACAAAGUGCUGCCUGUGUUUUCUUGCCUCAAUGUGUUAAGGUGACACUGAUUAUACAUGCACUUUCUGCGUUGAAGCAACUGUGAAAGUUUGUCAUUUGCACAAUACGUAUGACAAAGUGCGGCCUGUGUUUCUAACUUUAUUUUGCAAAAUAGUAGAAUGCUUUCGUUAUUUGACAGUUGUCCUUUUCACAUUUAUCCCAAACAACAAGAGCGGCUUAUUACACUGCUUGCCAAAAUACAGCUGAAUCGCAACAAUUCAAGCAUGGAUAAUUUAAAAUGUUAGGUAAUUCAUACCAAAUAAGAAUAUAUUGAUUGGCCUCCAAUGUCUUCAUGGCAUAUUAAAGCCACAUUAUUACAUCAGUGCUUUCAGUUCAAACAUUAAUGUCUUGCCAGUGCAGAGGUAAAGUACCGAAACAGCGGAUGAAAGGACAUUCACGCAGUAUGAAUUGGUCAAAAUAAUGCCCACAUCUAGUGAUCAGACAGCUGUGUAUGUGGACAGGUGUUGCUAUGCGAUCGUGUAGUGGUGUAGUGCAGUCAACCCCAUUUAGAUACAACAGUAUUUAAGUGCCAAUAAAAUCUAAUUGUUAUAACCGAUAAUUGUUACUACCUGCUGCCACUGUAAGUGACAAUUACAGUAAUUGUUACUAGCGUGUCACUGUAAGUGACAUAACAGCCAGCACUGCCAUGUACGUAGGUGCACUGGUGCGAUUGAUGUCGACUCUCUGGCUGGGAGCACGGCGCCCACCAGAAGGGCAAAUGGCGUUGGGUUUGUAAUUUAAUUUCUUUCCGCGGCGCGUACGGAUGUAAUACCUAGCAGACAUGAUUGUUAGCUGCCUUUGUAUGCACGGCACUUGUCAGCUCAAUAUGGCCAGACCUGGUGAGGGGCUCUUUAACAAUACUCAGAUUUAGCAAUGAGCAGCUGCCACAUGAACUUUUGUGUGUUUUAUGGCAAAUAAGCCGCUUACUAGAAUGCUCCCGUGCCGCAUUAUCGGUUAUAACAAUUAAAUCUGGCCACUGGGUGUGUGCGCGGAAAGGAAAAACGAUUAAAACUGGUUUUCAUAAAUGGGCUCGACUGUACUGUAGUUCUGUCACCUGUACUGUGUGCCAUCAACAUACGCAUAACCGCGAGCAUUUUUCUUCAUAGCAGUAUAAUAAUUCCUAAUUCCGUUUGGAGCCAUGCCUUAUUGUGCUGUACGUAAGUGCAUAAUUCGAAUUUCUCAUAAUUCAGGUUAUAACUUGUAAUCCCGGUGAGUUUAAUUAUUGAUACUUGACUUGUAACUCUUGUCACGUGCUUUUGCUAUGCAGUCAAAUCGGCCUUUGUUACAAAUGCCACAAAUAAGGUAUUGUUGUGUGCUUAGUUACGUCACUAUGAAGUUCACAUUUGGAUGUGUCCUUGUAAUGCAAUUUUGGUGUUUUUGUGUUGCCAGCAAAGAAAGUGUUUCAUUAGUGACAGUCUUCCUUGUUCUGUGGAGUGGUUGUCGCCCUUGUGAAAGUGCAUAGACAACAUUAAAUGGGUCCCUAGUGGCCUUUGUUGUUUUGU